AUGGCUUCAUCAAGCUUCUCACCAGCUGUACCUCCAGUUUUCAAUGGAGAAAGAUAUCACAUUUGGGUAGUCAAGAUGAGAACCUACCUCCAGGCAUUUGAUCUAUGGGAGGUGGUUAACUCAGAUGUUGAACUAGAACCAUUGAGAGCAAAUCCAACAGUGGCUCAAAUGAAGCAGUAUUCUGAAGAAAAAAGUAAAAAGCACAAAGCCAUGUCAUGCAUUCAGAACUAUGUUUCUGAUGUUAUUUUCACCAGGAUCAUGGCUUGUGAGACUCUAAAGCAGGCCUGGGACAAUCUUAAGGAGGAGUUUCAAGGUACUGAGAGGAUAAGACAGCAGCAGUUGUUGAACCUGAGAAGGGAGUUCGAGAACUUAAAGAUGAAGGAAGAGGAAACUGUCAAGAAGUAUUCAGACAGAAUUAUGGCUGUAGUAAACAGCAUAAGGCUCCUUGGUGAGCAUUUUUAG